GUCAAUGUAAACUGUUUUAAUGUGUGUGGUUCGUUGAUCUUUGAAUCAUCAUGUCUCAUCAACUGACAACAACAAUAUUUUAUUGUUUGUACACAUGUUUACCCAUCCGUUAUGGUUAAACAAAAUUUAGAGCGGGUCACCGUUAAAGACUUGACAGAGUAUUAAGUGUACACUACCAGCCUCUGUGCUGCUACCAGCAACCUUUCGUUAUUCGAAUAAACUGUCACUAUGUCAGUGUCACAGAAAUUACGUUGAUACAGUGAGUUAUCAGUUAGUUACACACAAUCAUAUCACCAUGCACAUAUUGUGAUCAGCACACCAGCAGUAAACACCUUAUUGACUUUCUCAAUCUCACUGAUGACAGCUUCUUGUUCAGUCGCCAAUCCAUCGGCAAUUAUGGCCCCAAUUUCAUUUGUUGUCCUGACUAUUUUGAAUGAAGGGUGAACUCAUCAUGGAAGAACGUGAAGAAAGCGAAGAUGAUCAGUUUUUCUUCAGUCAUGCUCCCAAGAUGCCUGAAGAUGACAUCAUCAUGUCAGAGGUCGCCAUCCUCACAGGAGGAAGGGACCAGUAUGGCCGACCAAUCAUCACCUUCCCUGCAAAGUAUCAUGGGAUACUAGAGUCAAAGGUCAAAGCGAGUGGGAUGGAUAUUUUACUGAGAUAUUACAUCGAUAUCACACGGCCAAAGGACAGACAGAGGGGUUUUGCGUUUGUGACGGAUCUACGAUUCUCUGUCUUGGAUUUUAUUAUUUUCAUGAAAUCGACUCUCAACAGUCUACAGGCAGAAAUGAAUGGUGUAAUAGGAACGUGUGUGUUGUACGUGAUUCUACCAUUGAACAAGAAAACACAUAAAGACGCCAUGACGCAUCUAUCACUCAGAGAUAGCAAGAAGAAGACCAAUAAGAAUAUCGUGCCUCCAUUCUUCCAGAGCGUUGGUGUGGACGAUGAGAUGGAGUUAUACAACUAUAUUGAGAAGUCUCAUCUAACGACUGAACUAGGUGGCUAUCUGCAGUACUCCCACCAAGACUGGGUUGUCUUCAGAAGGGUUGUGGAACCGUUCUUUACAGCGUUUGAGACAUUUCAAACCAAGCUGUCUCAUGCCUUCCAUCGACUCUCAACAAUGAUGAACAUUAAUGGAGGAAACACUAAAGGAGAGCUCCAACAGACACUCAAUAUAGUGCAGGAUGAAUACAACGAUAUAAGAAGGGAGCUGAAUCUUGACCCAGUAUUUGAUGAAUGUGAAGAGAUCCUUCGUCGAUUCACAUGCUGCGAGGAGGAAGACGUCUUCACUGUCUUAGCCCAGAAACCCGUCUUCAAGGAAACCAAAGAUGCGGUGGAGAGCUGCUACAGAGUAUUAACCUCCGCAAAGAAGAAGAUUGAAGACGAUUGGAACGAACUGUCGGGUGGAAUCGUCCAGGCUAUGCAGCAUGUUGAUUACACGACUAAUGUUAACAAGUUGUUGGAGUGGUUUAAGUUCAAGAAGGAGAGAGAUUUGAAACAACAGGCAGUGAUUGCUGAUAAACUGAGUGACGCAGAGUUGAUGUACAAUCAUUUUGAAACUGGGUUGCUACCAAAGGCUAAGGAGAAGCUCGAUAAAGCCACUGAUUUAAUACUCCUUGGUGAGAGGAUGAGCGUUGAUUUCAACAACCAUCGAGUGAGGCACAUCGUGACACUCAAUCAAACACUCAAAGAUCAAUCGGAUGAGUUUCAGACACUUGUUAAGAAGCGACAUCAGAUUCUUCAGUCUGUCUAUCACUUUCAUCAACUGUACAACAAGGCACGCCGAUGGUACAUUAAAUGUCUGCGGUUCCUCCCAUCUGAGCUUAGUGACCUCUACAACGAGCUGAGGUCACAUUCACAGGAUGACCAUCUAGGGGCGUCUCAGCUCCAGUGGGAGGAAGAUGUUAGGAGGUUCCUUCAUAAAUCCCCCCUACUGGCAAAGGAAGAGCUGAAGAAAGUGAAAUUGAUAUCUGAGCAGAUCGGCGAUGUUGGUCUUAAGAAGAAAGGAAGACUCUUAUCCUACAGAUGUUCAAUCCUGACAAGUUUUCUCAGUCACAAGAACAAAACAACCAGUGCAAACAUUGUCGACAUGCUGAAAUGGCGAUCGGAACUUCUCAAUCAGGCUGACGACUCUGCAUCCUGUCAAAGUGAAACACUGCCCUCUCGUGGUCAUAUUAAGAAAGCUCAAUCAGAAAGCAGUUUGGACUCCGCAGAGCAGUCCCAGCGACCAAGGAAAGCUUCUUCAAAGAGGCAAACAAAGAAUGCCUCUAAGAACCACAAGAAGAAGCUUGAUCGCGACGAACCUCUUCAUCGAAGCUCUCAGUCACUUUCCAGAGUGAAGAGAGAUCAGAGAAAUGACAGACACAGUGACGCAAACGGUGAUACAAUGGGUGAUAGUGACACUGACGAUCCUCUGAUUAGGAGACUAGGCCAAGCAGGUGAAGUCUAUAACAGACACGGUGACAGACAGGGUCAGGGACUUGAUGAGAUUGAUCAUGGUGAAUCCAAAGCGCAGAAGACACAACGAAAUAAGCAAAUCAGUGGCACACGUAAACGUGAGAUACCGAACAUCAGACAACUCGAGGCCUCUCGACUUGCACGUAGUCAAUCUGUACCUCUUAACAAUUCGUCAAGCAUGCAGCAAGAACAAGCACAAACUUAUGGCAUUUAUGGAGACGUAGAUGUAGAUGAUGACACUGCUGUUGUUAUUCAGGUGCCGUUGAACUCAUCACAGAGCCUUCCUCUGUCACCUGUUGCCCAUCAGGAUGGACCAUCUUUUCCCUCACGGAUCCUUCCUGGGUCACCUAGUGUUGCCCAUCAGCAGGGGCCAUCUUACCCAACACAGACACCACCAGUUGAUAGUUCAUCUACUAGUUUAUAUCAUCAAGUGCCUCCCCACCCCUCACAGGGCCUCCGUGUUAAUGUUUCAUCCAGUGGCAACCAACAUCAGGGGUGGUUUCAUCAACCCCAAGACAUCCUUGUUGAGAGGUUACCUGAGAACUAUGUACCUCACCAACAAAGGCCUGAUUGGAAUUCAGGUGGUCAACAUGUUCCAUUGACCAUGGAUCCUUCAAACAUCACCCUGGGAAGCCAUCGACCAUCCUAUGGUGUAGUCCAGCAAGUAAUAACUCCAUCAAAUCAGUACAGCAGGACACAACAUUCAAAUGUCAUGACCCAAAAGCGUCAACAAGGACCCUUCCAUCAGCAUGAUUUUCCAAAUGAGAAUCCAAAUAUUAGGGCAUCACCAAACUUUAAUUCCAAUAACUCCUACACUCAGUCUCCGUCUCCAUUAGCAGGACAGUAUGUAACCGAUGCCAAACAAGGACCAAUAAGCUUUCAUGGAAGCUUAAUGAAUAUUCAUCAGCCUCAGGGUGGAUCACCUUUGAUUCGUCAGAAUGCUCAGACACAGCAUGUGAUUGGCAGUUCUCCAGUAACAAGACAUCAGAGUUUGAUGAACUUGAGUCCAUCUCCUCAAUUUGAUGGACGUAAUCCACAGUACAUCAGAAUCCAAGGAGCUGCAGGGCAUCCAGACCCAUCUCAUUUUACUUACUUACCUCAUAAUAACGAACCUCACAUCUCCAGUUUAUCUCCCGUCCACUCCAGUUCACCAAAUUCCAGAAGCAAUACAAUGUCAAAUCUUAGACAUGGAUAUUCUGAACCUAACUUGAGCUCAAUGGGGUAUGAGCAGCCUCCCACAUAUGAUAUCCCAGGUCACCAUGCUAGCUUCAGUCAGCCAACAAAUGCUGCUGUGCAAUCAAGGUUGCCUCAUCAGUACUCCAAUCAUGGUUCCCUUUCCUCAAGACAUCCAUUGUCUAGGAGUGAGGUAGACCUUCGACAUAUACCAGAGAAUCUGACCCAGUUUAGUUCGCUCCCUCGUGGUCUCUCACACUCCAAUCAAUCCUUGCAUCGAAGUGAUCCAGAACUCAGGCACUUCUUACCAGCUAGAAGCUCUGUCCACUCUCCUAACCAGAAUGGUGGUUAUUCGCCAACUCAGUAUCUGUCGACUUCAGGUGAGGACCCAGAGCUUGAGUAUUAUAAGAAGCUUUCCUCUUCCUCACCUCAACUGAACCUGACAACCUCUGCGUCAGGACGGAGAAGCACCAACCACACCCUGGACCCAGCUGUCCAUACAUGGAUGCAUGAUGUCCCAUCAACGAUUACUGAAUCCUUCCUAGAAUCUCGUCCUGGUGGUAGGAGGCUAUUAUCUCCUCUUAAGAUAUUGGAGUUGGAGGUUGCGAACGAAACCUUGGAUGCAGAAGAUGCUAUUUUGGAGGACGAUUAUGAGAAACAACAGUUAAGAAGGCAUGCCGUGAUUAAUAGCAUCAUCCAACGAUCAGACUUAGGAAUCAGAUCACAAGAUAAGAGAUUAUCUAAUCCACGAUCAAGACAUCCUGAGAGACAAAGAUCAAUGAGCAAUCCCAGACUAGAUUCAGUCAGGUCACCCUCUCGAAGAGCUGCCAGAAACUUACAGAUGUCACCUGUGAGUUCUACCAGAAGGGAGCGACACUCUGAUCUAUACCACGAUACCAGGAGUAGUCCACUCAUACCGAGGGUCUAUCAAUCCAGACAGGUGCCUCUAUCUCAUACAGGCAGAUCAUACAAUACACAAAAAGGUAGUCUGGUCAACGAGAAUGACUGGCGACAACAGCAUCUCAGAGAUCUCGGGUUAUCUUCUCAAGAAGCUUCUCCAGCAAUAGUGAACGGAUCUUUACUGCAUUCUCCUGCUCAAUUAGCGAACAGAACUGAACGUGAUUUCGGUCUUUCAUCCACGUUACCACAGUUUUCGGGGCAUGAACAAAAUCCAAGGUCCUUCCCUACUUCAUAUAAUGAAACCAAUCAACGCCUGAAUGACCUCUAUGAGCUUGGGAUAAUCCCACCUAAUGACUACAGGGAUCUUGAGAUAAGCCGCUCCUCUCCCUAUCCCUCUAAUCCAAGUUUGAGGAACUUCAGUACUCUCUCAAAAGAUCAGAGUCCAGGUCAGGAUACUGACAAUAACUGGAGGCUUGAACAUUUGAGGGAGCUAGGAAUAUCACCACAUCAAGCUAACAGCAGAAACACGGAAAGUGUUUAUCCAGAAUCCACGUAUCAGAGUUCAUCUAGUUCAUACUGGCGAUAUGAGGACCGCCAGGAGCUCGGAAUACCUGGUUCAGCAAUACGUUUCUCCAAUGGUGGAAGCCACAGAAGUCAGUACCUUAAUGAUGUACAAACUUCUCCCGCAUACCAUCAUCCUGUUAACCAGAGUACAGCUUUAGGUCGUGCUGUACUUUCAAAUGGAAGCGUUCCUUCAGAUACAAACUGGCAACAGAAUCACCUUCAGGAACUUGGCCUAUCCCCAGGAUACACCGACUCCUUUCAGAGUAACAAUGUACCCCUCGGGAAACCAGCAAUUAGGAUCUCAGGCAUUGAUGAGCAAAGGAAGCCACAACCAACCGAUGCUGGACUAUAUCCUUCUAGUCAUCAGUCUGAGAGGAUUAACAGUCAAGGGCCUAGUACUCGUCAAAACAGGAACUCAGGUAUCAGGUCAAACAAGCGGCAGGGUAACCUAGAAGAUACUGCUGUAUCUCCAAUACAGCAUGCAGCCCGAAGUGAACCAGCAGGCAUGUAUCACUCUGACAGGAAUAACAUUCAAGCCCACAGUACACCUCAAAACAGGAACUUGGGUCGCCAAUCAAUAAGAAGGCAAGAUACCCAACAAGAUGCUGGCGUAUCUCCAGGACAGCGUGCAACCCCACGUCCUGUAACUGAACCAUCAGAUCAUAAUGGAGUUCUCCAAAGGACACAAACACCUGAUGUAGGACCUUCUCAUUCUGUUCAUCGCUCACAGAAGAGUAACACUCAAGCCUAUGAUACACCUCAAAACAGGAACUUAGAUAUCCAGUCGAAUAGGCGGCCAGACACCCCACAAGAUGCUGUCACAUCUGCAAGACAGCGGGCAACCCUGAGUGAGCCCGCAGACCUAUAUCAAAAUGGAGUUGUUCAAAGGCCUCAACAGAUCACUCAAGCACACAUAUCUCCAAGUACAGACUCUAUAUCAUCUUCAAACAGGCAUUCAGGUAUUCAGUCGAAUAGGCGACAGGAUAACCCACAAGAUGCCGGCGUACCUGCAAGACAGCGUGCAACCCUAAGUGAACCAGCGCCCGCUUAUCAAAAUGGAGUUGCUCAAAGGACCAACCAGCAGUCUCAACCACACUUAUCCCCGACUACGCACCAUCAGUCAUCUCAACAGAAUGACGUUUCAGAUCGGAGAGCACCUCUGGUCGGUCAGGUAGAGUCUGAUCCCGACUGGCGAGCCAAUUAUCUAAGAGAGCUUGGGAUAUCACCAACGAUGCAGCAGUAUGCCAACCGAAGCCAAUACAACCUUGCAGACGUAGCACCUGUAACCAGUAGACUGCAGGGGGCGAUUGCAAGUGGGCGGAGUACAAACAAUAUGGAGGAGGUUUAUGAAUUGGAUGAAGACACUAGGAAAAAGAGUGUAAGAUUUGCCAAAGUGUCUGAUGAAAGCAUCUUAGAUGAAGAGGAGAAGGCCCAAGAAGAAGUAGCUCUGAGACUACAACAGCUAGAACUGCAGCUACAGGAGGAAGAAACAAGGUUGAUGCAUGAUGACAUCUCUAGAAAACAGCAAACAGGAAGACCUCAACAGGAAGCAAGAGUUGUUCCACCUCAGCAACCCUCGACCCAUCGCCAACUCCAACGACAUUCAAAUCAGCCUGACACUCAGAACCAAGUAAGUUAUGAGACCCCUGGUUAUAGGAGACAGACUGAAACAGGUAUUCAACAACCACUCAAUAGUCAGCAGAGCACCAGACCUACGAAUGUUGAUAAUCCUUCAAUCUCCAGCAUGCAGUCAGGGAACAAUACCAGCUCAUUUUAUAAACCCUCAUCUAUAGCAUCCAAAAGUGAUGUUCAAUAUGGAGAACCUGGCCCAAUCAGAGCACAAGAGGGCUCCCUAAGUACAAAAAAGACAGUCACUCCUGCAAAAGUGAACUUGAACAAAAGUGAUGUUCAAUAUGGAGAACCUGGCCCGAUUAGAGCACAAGAGGGCUCCCUUGGUACAACAAAGACUGUCUCUCCGGGAAGUUCUAGCUAUUCUAGACCUUCAUUAUUUAGUUCGUCGGCAGAUGCUGCAACUACGAAAGGACAAGAGGUAAUUAAGGACAGGCGAACAGACAAUGCUGAAAACCAUGUGGUUAAAAGUAGAAAUUUGCAAAAUCAAAGCACUGGUUUUAAUAUUGAUAGCUUGGAUCGUCGGCAAUCUCAUGAGAAUAUUCAUCACAGUCUUCCAGUAAAUGAAACUCAAGUUUCAAACAGUGGUUCAGUGGAACAAAGGAAUGCAUUGUCUUUAAAAGUUAAACCAAGCGAUGAAAACUAUGUUGGUACCGUCCAUCACCGUGCUGAUAGAGAGCCAAGCCAUGAGAGCAUAGCACCAAGUGCUAGGUUGCAGAAUUCCAAUUUGAAUACAAAUCCUGAAUCAAUAGAUCGGAAGAACUCUCUUCAAGCUGUCGACAAAUCCAAAGAUAUAAUGUCUGAAGUUUUGGGUAAUGAUAGUGGUAUGCCCCUACAAACCGCUAAUGUGCCUUCACCUGCAUCUACUGCUGUAUCAGAUGACAGUUUUGCCAGGCGAGAACACCAGAUUUUGCCAAGUCAAGAAAGAACACUUGAAUCUGUACCCAAGAUGCGUCCAUUCAAGCGCCAAGUUUCCAUUGGUGGUCGAGAUCAGAAGAUGGUAGAAGCCGCAGAAAGAAGGCCUUCAAGUGUAGACAUGGUUUCUGAGAACCAGGUGCCUGUUGUGAAUGAUAGUCAAUCAAUGUACCAACCAAGUGAGCCUGUUGGAGAUCCCAGUGACUAUGAGAGUGAGUUGUAUCAAACUGAGGGAUAUAUUUCCUCCAGACCACAACUUGACCGUGAUCACACAGCAGCUGACUACAUUGCCUGUGCGUUAGGUUUGGACUACGUCAGUGACAAGAUGGAUUUGACGGUUCAGCCUCGUAGCAACUCCAGCGAACAACUCAACAGCUAUAAUCAGGAUGAUGGAUAUUCAAAUGAAAGCCUGCUUGGUGAUUUGCCUCCAAGGCGAGCACAACAGAAUGUUGAUCAGGUGCUUGACUCAUCUCAGAAUCCAGACAGAGGACAUGAACGUAGAACUCGGUCAGAUGGUCAAGAAGUUCCACAUGUUACCUUACCAGGGUCCCGGGACGGGUUAGAGGAAGGCCCUUGCUCUCCGAUACGACAGUGGUUGAAAGAGAAAGAGAUCAAUGAAGCAAAGGAUGGGAUUCCCCGACACAAAACAUGGGAUGAGCCUAAACCAGGCUACAGUGCUUCACCCGCAGAACACAAAGUGGGCGAGGCUUCUGGGAAUCAGGAAGCAGGGAAACCUGCAAACAAGUCACAGAGCUCUUCUCCGAUAAGGCAGUGGUUAAGAGAAGAGCAGAAUAAAGAGGAACCAGAAAGUACAGUCAUGGAUCGUGAUCCGUACCAUACAGGGUCAAGUAGUUUUGUAGUUGAUGCGUCAACAGGCAAAAUCUCAGAGUUGAAGGCGAAUAAAUUUGGAUAUAAAGGGACACGGAGAGACUCUGAGAAAAGUCUACUGAACCAGAGAGAAAGAUCUCACUCUUCGAGUCCUUCACUCCUCAGUCCAGACACAACCUCCGGGACUAAAAGUAGAGAGCAGAGGAGGAGGUCCAGCUCUGCUAUUCCUGUCUACAAAGGUCCUACAAAGUCCUCUCCACCUAAGACUAAGGUACCAUUUCUAAGACGUAGGUCUGAUACACUCGACAUGAGUCCAGCAGAUGCGUCAGAACUAAUGAGGAAGCGCGCUGCUGAUUCCAAGAAGGAAAGUAAAUAUUCCAAAAUACCAGUCCCUAAAGUCUUUAAAGCCUUACAAGAUGGUGGUUUUCUGGGGACUGAGACUUCAAAAUCGGACAAAAGAAGCAAAUCAGACAAAGGAAGCCUUCCUCGGCAAGUUUCUGCUCUCAAGAAGUCUAAUCAAGCAGUGGAUCAUUCGACACCUGCUCAAAAGGAAGAGGCCAGACCUGGUUUUGAAAGACAGGGAACUUUUACUAAAGAAGAGAGACCUCCUUUCAACAAAGAGGGGACUUUUACAAUCGAGUCAGAGGAUGUAAAGGAUACAAAACAGACACAAAAAGUGAGUUUUGACGCCAACACAUCGAGUAACGCUAAAGAGGCAUCACCUAAAGAAUCAUCAUUCUCACCCUUGGGUUUAGUACUCGAUCACAUCGUUAAGAAAGGGAAUGUAUCCAAAUCAAAAAAAGCAACUAUGCAAACUCCAGAUGGGAAAAAGAGACACGACUCACAGGAGGAAAUAUUUGAAAACAGCUCAACGGAAAGCUCCAUGAGCCCCACAUCCAAAUCGACGACGAUUAUCAGCAGAAAGCCAACUUCAAAUCUGUACAACACAAAGCAUUAUCAUAUCAACGUUCAUGGAGCGGGUAGUGGAAGCCAAGACAGGGCAUCACGACCAGAGGUUAAAGAUGCUGAAGGAGAAGUGGGUAGUUACGCUGGGUUGGCGGAGAGUGACAGGCUGGAGCACGACGAUCUUGGCGAGAAUGACUUGGAGAAAAUGAUCAUGAUGAAAAGCCAGUUGGCUGAGAUAAGGAAUCUGGAGAUUGAAAAUCGCCAUUUGGCGUAUGAGAGAAAGGAAUUUGAGGCGCAUUACUUGAAGAAUAUGCACGAACAUGAAGCAGAGGUAGCGGCACACUCUGACGAGGAGGGGUGAACAUUUGGUGCUUGAGAGAAAGGAGAGAAUAUGCUCGAACAUGAAGCAGAGGUAGCGGAACACUCUGACGAGGAGGGGUGAACAUUUGGUGCUUGAAUACUUCACUUGAACCUCGUAAGCGGACAGAAAUUGUCUCUGAUGCUGUAAAUGUAAUGGACAUCUGUUGAGGGGUUUCAAAUAGUUCAAAUGACGCAAUGUGCCCCAUCAGGCCGGGUGCCAUCAACAUGUAUAGGUGAGCGAAAAGUAUACAAGGACAUAAAGAAGAUAAAGUGGCACAUUCUGAUGAGGAGGGGUGCAAGUACUGCAAAACACAUUCAGUGCUCGAUUCAGGGCAUGGCAGGCCUGUAUGCUUUGUUUUUAAAGGGCAAGGGCAUUAAGGAAUUUUUUCUUUGGUAAAGGGGUCCUAUGAGGAACUUGUAAGUUUAUACGGUAGCAUUUCAAGGGCACCAAGGCAAUGACUAGAGGGCAUGGAGGGAAUCGCCUUUGUUGCCCCUGUGAAGCCAACCUUAUCAGAUCCAAACAAUGGACAUCACUGGUAGUAAUAAUAUAAGUUAUCACACGAGGCCGAAGGCCGAGUUGGAUAUGGAACGCAGACGCGCUAUAUUU